CCGGAGUCAAACAACAUGAAAACCUUUACCACCACACAGGUGAUGGAAGAACUAAAGGAACUACUAUCCAUGGUGAUUCCAAUAACCGCGAUGAACUGUCUAGUGUAUUGUCGUGCAGUUGUUUCCGUACUUUUCUUAGGCAGGCUUGGCAGUCUGGAGCUAGCCGGUGGUUCGUUAUCUUUAGGAUUCACGAACAUCACCGGCUACUCGGUUCUAGUCGGACUAGCAUCCGGCCUAGAACCAGUAUGCAGCCAAGCCUACGGAAGCAACAACAAUAACAAAUGGGAGUUAUUGUCAGCAUCCUUACUACGGAUGAUACUUAUACUACUAAUAGCAAUAAUCCCAAUAAGUAUGUUAUGGAUAAACCUUGGCCCAAUAAUGAUACUAAUGGGCCAAGACGCGGCCAUUACAUCAAUGGCCGCGACGUAUUGUCUGUACUCCCUGCCAGACCUCGUAACGAACUGCCUGCUGCAGCCGUUACGGGUCUACCUAAGGUCGCAGGGAGUAACAAAGCCGAUGAUGUGGUGCAGCUUAAUAGCUGUAGCAUUCCACGUCCCGGCGAACUAUAUCCUGGUGAACAGACUAGGAUACGGCGUCGCGGGGGUCGCAAUGGCAUCGGUAGUGACAAACAUGAAUAUGAUGGGGUUGAUGAUGGGGUACGUUUGGGUGUAUGGGAAAUGGAGAUGGAGAUGGAAAUGGACGGAUGGGAUUGGAAUGGGGAAGCUGUUUGGGUUGAGUGUGACGAGUUGUGUGGGAAUAUGUCUGGAAUGGUGGUGGUAUGAGAUAGUGACGGUGAUGGCUGGGUACUUGGGGAAUCCACGGCUGGCGGUGGCAGGGACAGGGAUAUUGAUACAGACAACUAGUCUGAUGUACACUGUUCCCAUGGCUUUGGCUGGCUGUGUCUCUGCCCGAGUGGGUAAUGAACUUGGAGCUGGGAGGCCAAACAAGGCAAAACUAGCUGCACUAGUCGCGUUAUCGUGUGCCUUCAUAGUUGGCUUCAUCAAUGUCGUUUGGACAAUAGUUUUCCGAGACAAAUGGAGUGCUUUGUUCACCAAAGACCGCAUGCUUCAAUCACUAGUGUCAUCCGUCAUGCCCAUUAUGGGCCUAUGUGAGCUCGGUAAUUGCCCUCAAACCACAGGUUGUGGGAUCCUUCGUGGAACAGCCAGACCAGCGGUUGGUGCCCGCAUCAACCUUGGGUCCUUUUACUUUGUGGGCACCCCUGUGGCUGUUGGGCUAGCCUUUUAUUACAAAGUUGGGUUCAUUGGUUUGUGGAUUGGGCUCUUAUCUGCCCAAUUUGCUUGUGUGGUUUCGGUUUUGUAUUCAGUACUUGUUCAAACAGAUUGGGAAGGUGAGGCUUUGAGAGCCGAAAAGCUAACAAAUAACAGUACUAGUGUGUUGGAGAUGGCCAAGGGAAGUAACGACGCUAGUGAUGAUGAAAACGGUUCGUUGAUAUGACCAAGUGAUGAAAUGACCCCAACAUUAUUGGCGCGUUUAAUAUAAGCUA